UUCGCGGUCCGUGCGCGAGCGCUCUUGUGACGGUAAAUGCGGACAUUUUUUUAUCGACUUGUAAAGUAGGAGCGAAAAAGUGAAGUAAUGUUAAGGUAGCUAGAUAGUUGAAAAGCACGAAAACUUCGGCGGAGAGGAGUAACUGUUUUAUUUCGUGGGAGGAGAGUCACUGAUUUCUCAUCAUGCCUUUGGUGAUGCGAAAUAUCGAGCCACGGCACCUGUGCCGUCAGACUCUGCCCACGGCCGUGAAGAGUGAGCUGGAGUGUGUGACCAACAUCACACUGGCUAACAUCAUUCGCCAACUUGGUUCUCUCAGCAAAUUUGCGGAGGAUUUGUUUGGAGAGUUGUUUGUCCAGGCCAGCUUGUUCGCUGAUAGAGUAAAUACCCUUGGUGAAAGAGUGGACAAACUUCAGGUCAAAGUCACACAGUUGGACCCCAAAGAAGAAGAAGUUUCACUGCAGGCAAUCACCACUCGCAAAGCUUUUAGAUCCAGUCUGAUUCAGGAUCAACAGCUCUUUACUCGUCCUUCGCUGCCUCAACCAGUGCAAGAGACUUACCAAACCUGCAAUGAGCCACCUCCACUCAACAUCCUCAGCACCUACAGGGAUGAUGGAAAGGAAGCUCUUAAAUUCUACACUGACCCAUCAUAUUUCUUUGACCUGUGGAAAGAGCAGAUGCUACAAGACACAAAAGACAUCAUGAAAGAAAGACGGAAACAUAGGAAAGAGAAGAGAGAAAAUCCAAACAGGAGCAACCUGAAUCCUCGCAAGAUCAAAACACGUAAAGAGGAAUGGGAACGUCGAAAGAUGGGAGAAGAGUUUGUUGUCCCUAAAACUGACGCUGGUCAUCCUAGGGACAUUGCCAAUGGCAGCAUUGGGUCAGGUGAUGACAUGGGUACAAUGGAUUCUGAGGGAUUUGACCAAAGCACUGCCUCCUACAGUUAUGAUCCUGGCUCUCCGCUUCCACCUCCAGUGUUGGAUGAUGAAGGCUUCUUGCCACCUCCUCCCCCAGAUAUGACUUAUAAUGAUGUACCAUGUACCUCACCGCAGAGACCAGUUAGCAUUUUAAGCCCAACCCAUCCUCCCCCAGCCCCUCCAACAAUGCCAACCUCUCCUCAUGGCCGCCCUUCAGUGGCACCACCUGUUGCCCCACCACCUCCUCCACCCAUGGGGAUGGUUCCACCCCCACCUCCCUUAGGAUUUGAUGCCCCACCCUCUCCUCCUCCUGUUUUUUCCUCUAUGUCUCCCUCGAUUCCUCCACCACCACCCAUUGCUUCCACUCUACCAUCUCCACCACCUCCUCCAGCUGGGGAUGGACCCCCACCUCCACCUCCACCUCCUCCACCACCAGGCCCACCACCAUGCUUUGCACCAUCAGCCCCUGCCCCUCCCUCUUCAGGUGGACUUUCAGCUGCCCCAGCUCCCAAGCCUCAGCCUGCUCCUGUCAGCGAUGGCCGCAGCGAUCUCCUGGCUGCUAUUCGUCAAGGUUUUAACCUACGUAAGGUGGAGGAGCAGAGAGAGCAGGAGAAGAGAGAUGUCGCGGGCAAUGAUGUUGCAGCUAUCUUAUCUCGCCGUAUCGCUGUGGAGUGCAGUGAUUCUGAGGACGAUUCCUCAGAGUUUGAUGAUGAGGAGUGGUCUGAAUAAGGCUAUAAUAUAUAUCAUGAGGAAAAAUCAUUCCUGUUUGACCAAAACUCAGUUUCCCUUUAAUGAGGCCAACUACAGUAUAUGCAAAAAGGGCCUGUGUGUGUGUGUGUGUGUGUGUGCGCGUGUGCGUGCGUGCGCAUGGUCUCUUCUGACUCAGUGAAUUAUUUAGAUGAUCAGCCUGCUCUUAUUUCAGAGUGCCCGUUCCUCUGUAUUAAGAUAGAGAGCUUUUUCUUUUUGCAUCUAACUAUCAUAUCUGUAAAACAUUGGUAAUAGUCACCUAUUGCUUUGCUUUGUUUAUACACCAAAGCCAAGUAAAAUGCACAAUAUGAGAGAGUAAAUUACAUUAAACUUCUCUUUUAAAGUGUUUUUGCUCUUAUGAAUACAUUUUCUCAUGUCAUUGGCUUUUAUUUCGAACACUCUAUUACAGAGUGAAAAGCACAAAGUCUGCAAAAAUGAAAUUAUUAGAAAUAUUAUAAUUUGGUUUCUUGACCAUCCUGUUGCUUUGCUGGUAGAUGUUGUCUAGUGUCUAUUUAGGUCCCUUCAUUGUAUCUGUCCUCUGACCUAUUUUCCAGUUGUGGAAUUCUAGCAUUCUGUGUUCUUAUCUUAUGUCAUUUAGCUGAAUGUUUUGUCCUAAUCGUUGCCGCUAAACUCUGUAUGGAUGUUGUGGUAUUAAAUUUUUGUAUUCACUAAUGCCAAAAUCACAAGCAUAGAGGCAGGAAAUAAGUGUUUCAGUUCACAUACAGUGAAAGGUGUAUUCAUUCAUGCCUGCUUUAUGCAAUAUUAAUGCUCAAUUGAGCUUCUUAGUAUCAAAAAAUAAUUAGACCAGGCAAAGACUGUGAUAGAUAAUGCAAAAGCAUCUAGUCAUGCCCAGGUCACCCUACCUGCCUUGUAAUAAUGGUGGAGUAAGUCUGUAGGCGUAUACUUAACUCAGCUCAACGAACAGCCAACAUUCCAUUUCUUUCCAUUUGUUUUCCAAUGAAAUUUGUUUUGUUUAAAAUUUCCAGGGCAUUAUUUUAUGCUCAUUUUAAAUUGUCAUUUGCCUGCACUAUAACCUAUAAAUAAUUAUUUGACAUGCAAAUCAGUAUGGUUUUUUUCUUUAUAUACUGAAAGUGUUUUUCUUUCCAACGUGUAGCCAUGAUAACAGCGUUCAGGUGUAUUGAUUUAGAAUUGUUGUUGACCUUUGGUGGUAUCCUAAUAUUGCAGGCAAAAACCAAACUAGUAUGGUUUGAUUUAUGUGCCUUUUUGUUUGUUUGUUUGUUUGGUUUUCUCAAAAAUUAUGCAAUAUUAUGAAAUCAGUUUUUAUUGCAUAUGGUUUAUAAUUGUGAAGCUUUUCUAUUGGUUAUUAAAUAAAAGCCUUAAGUUACAAAA